AUGGUGCCCCGCGGUCCCCACGACGACGGCGCCCAUUCCCGGCGCUGCCCCGCCGCCGCUGCGGCUCACGGCCUCGACACGCCGGGCCUCAUCGCCGUCGUCUCCCCGCCGCGACCCCUCGACCUUGCCUCCGCCCACAACGGCAGUCGGCGCCCCCGUCGCUCGACGCCUGCGCCCUGCCACCUCGUCGCCCCGUCCACGACCGCGCCGUCGCUGGACCCCGCCCGAAGCUACCUCGACCCCGCCUCCCCAACGCCGCGUCGCCGGACUGCCUCCUUGUCUUCCCCAGCGCCGCACGUCGUCCCCGUCCUCCUCCCCAAGGGCUUCACCGAGCCACGCCGACCCUCUCCCCGGCAACGCUAG